AUGCCGCCCUUCCUCAACAACCCGCUGCCGUCGUCGAUGAGGAGCGAGUGCAAGAAGACCGGCCGCAUCCUCGCCUCCUUCGUCGACCCGCGACAAGCCUUUGGACCUGACAAAAUCAUCCCUCCACAAAUCCUCGCCAAUGCCAAAGGCCUUGCCAUCAUGACGGUCCUCAAGGCCGGCUUCCUCGGGUCAGGAAGAUUUGGAGGCGGUGUGGUGGUCGCGCGGUUGGCGGACGGGUCAUGGUCCGCGCCCUCAGCGAUUGGCACAGUCGGCGGCGGCUUCGGCGGGCAGAUCGGCUUCGAACUCACUGACUUCGUCUUCAUUCUCAACGACGCCAUGGCCGUCAAGACCUUCGCCCAAGUCGGCUCUUUGACUCUUGGCGGCAACGUCUCCAUUGCUGCAGGUCCCGUGGGUCGCAGUGCUGAAGCAGCAGGAGCCGCGUCCCUCAAAUCUGUCUCCGGUAUUUUCGCCUAUUCCAAGACAAAGGGUCUCUUCGCCGGUGUGUCGCUGGAAGGCAGUGCCCUGAUCGAGCGAAGAGAUGCGAACGAAAAGAUGUACAAUCGCAAAGUCACGGCGCGAGAGCUUCUGUCUGGCGGCGUUCCCGUUCCGCCUCAAGCAGAGCCUCUCAUGCGCGUGCUCAAUUCCCGUGUCUUCGCCGGCGUGGGCGGCAGCUACCAAGACAACUCCAUGUAUAACGACGUCCCCAUCUACGACGAGAGCCACGAGGACGUCGUAUGGCAAGGGCGUACUGGAUCCGCUUAUGGAGAAGGUGUGCGGUCCAACCGAACGGGAAGUAUGGGUUCCGCACAAGCUACAGGCGGCGCGUUUGGCAGUAACGACUACGAGUACCGCGAUCAACCCUCACGGUCCUCGACGUGGCAAGACGACCCUUAUGACCGGCAAGCGAGUACGUUCGAUCGGCUAAACGCUAGCCGCGGGCGGUCGAGUACGUUCGGAGAUCAGAGCGACUACGUCUAUUCAGACGCGAGAGCGAAGGCACCUCCACCUGGAAGACCUGCGGCACCUAAGCCGGCCUUUUCGACUGGUGGUGGAAAGGCAGGUGCGCAGCCUGGACAGGCGGUAGCCAAGUUCACCUUUGAUGCAGACCAGCCGGGUGAUCUGGGCUUUAAGAAGGGCGAUGUGAUCACCAUUGUGAAGAGGACGGAGAGUGAGGCAGACUGGUGGACCGGGAGGGUAGGAGAUAGGGAAGGAAUUUUUCCUAGCAAUUAUGUGGAGCUGGUGUGA